AUGGUGGUUAAGGCUUUGAAACAGCUUUCCGUGGCUCAGAAUGGCCUUGGUGCUUAUAUUUUCCCUUGCAAAAAGAUAGUUUUGCAAUACUGUAAUUGGGGUGGAUCUUCGCAAGGUAUGCGGGACUUUCUCUCGAGCAAGAGGUUGGAAUUACUCGCCCAAAAGUGUCCUCAUAUCGAGUUUCACGUUGUAAAAAAAUCGGGUCAUCCGUUGCUCAGAGGUCACUACGUUAACGGACGAGAAAAGGUUAUCUGUGUGCGCAACCUGAAUGUCGACAACGUCGAAAACAAACUCAAACUUCUCAAGGACUCUUCUGGAGAAAAACUGCGGGAUAGAACAAAGAAUGAUUACGUAGAGACUUUGAACUCAAGCGUCAGAGGCGUGUGGUCCCCGCUACAUGUGGACCCUUCCAAGAGACAUCGUAUUUAA